AUGCCUCCUCGCUAUCCGUAUGGUGGUGGGCGUCGGUCCGAUGAAGCUCAUCCUCAGACUGCAGAGGCACAAAUGCAACCUCUCUCCCACGAUCAAAACGCAUAUCCCACCUACGAUAUGGGCGCAGAGCCUACAUCGCCUCCUCACGUCUCCUACGAUCCAUACAUGCCAACAUCCACCUCCCGAGAUCACACUGGCUACGAGAUGCCAUCGGCCAACUACUACAACGACGACCGUGUAUCCUAUCCUCCUCCUGUCGGCUCGCCUCACAUGUCCAACCCAUACUCGCACUCGCAGCCCCAUCGUGGCGCUGCCGACCCUUUCGACGACCACGAAAAUAAUGUUCCCCUCUUGCCAAGGGAUGGCAACAAUUACUCGUAUGCACCCGCUUCGCACUUUGACGAGCAUGGCAACCACAUAGGCCCCAUUGACAAGUAUGCGGAUGGCGAUGACGAUGUUAUGGACGAGGAUGCUGUCAAUGGACCUGCACACGGUCGCCUGCUUCGCCCCAACGGCGCAGACCCCGAUGACUAUAUGCCCGGAGGAUUCGAUCCUAACGUGCUCGAGAACGGCCAAGCGAACGGUGUGCGUUACGGAAAAAUCCCACAACGUGUGCCAAGACGAUACAAGACUCUCAAAAGAGUCGAGCUCUACCACGGAAACCUUGUCCUCGACUGUCCCGUACCUUCCAAGCUGCUCGACAAGCUGAACGACCGAGAAUCGCGCGAGUUCACUCACAUGCGUUACACAGCCGCUACAUGCGACCCCGACAACUUCAAGGACGAGCGAUACACUCUGCGCCAGGUGCUUUUCGAUCCCCCCCGCCGAACUGAGCUCUUCAUCGUGCUCACCAUGUACAACGAGGACGAGCAGCUCUUCACACGCACCAUGCACGGUGUCAUGACCAACAUUGCCCAUCUAUGCACUCGCGAACGCUCCAAGACUUGGGGCAAGGAAGGCUGGAAGAAGGUGGUCGUCUGUAUCGUCUCGGAUGGUCGUCUCAAGAUUAACUCUCGCACCUUGGCCUGUCUCGCCGCCAUGGGAGUCUACCAGGAGGGUGUUGGUAAGAAUGUCGUCAAUGGCAAGCCUGUCACAGCCCAUAUCUACGAGUACACGGCUCAGCUGUCGAUCGAUCCCAGCAUGCACUUUAAGGGUCGCGAGAAGGGGAUCAUGCCAGUUCAGAUCCUGUUCUGCCUCAAGGAACGCAAUCAGAAGAAGAUCAACUCACAUCGAUGGUUCUUCAACGCAUUCGGCCAGAUCUUGCAGCCCAACAUCUGUGUGCUGCUCGAUGUCGGUACCAUGCCCAGGCCACGCUCCAUCUACCACCUCUGGAAGGCAUUUGACAUCAACUCCAACGUCGGCGGUGCUUGUGGUGAGAUUGUUGCGCUCAAGGGCAAGUACUGGAGUGCAUUGGUGAACCCGCUCGUCGCUGCACAGAACUUCGAGUACAAGAUGUCCAACAUCCUCGACAAGCCUCUCGAAUCCGUCUUUGGCUACAUCACUGUGCUUCCAGGUGCUUUUUCAGCCUACCGCUACAUCGCCUUGCAAAACGACGCCACGGGGCAGGGUCCGCUGUGCUCGUACUUCAAGGGUGAAACACUUCACGGCGGUCAGUCCGAUGCCGAUGUGUUUACCUCGAACAUGUACCUUGCCGAGGACCGCAUCUUGUGUUGGGAGCUGGUGUCGAAACGUGACAGCGCAUGGAUCUUGCACUACGUCAAGUCGGCACAAGCCGUCACAGAUGUGCCUGAUCAGGUGCCUGAGCUCAUCUCGCAGCGUCGACGUUGGCUCAACGGAUCCUUCUUCGCCGGUAUUCACUCGAUCAUCAAGUUUGGCUACAUUUAUCGCUCUUCUCACUCCUUCGGACGCAAGUUUGCCUUGCACAUCGAGAUCAUCUACCAGACCAUCCAGCUCAUCUUCUCUUGGUUCGGUAUGGCUAACUUCUUCAUCGCCUUUUGGAUCUUAACCACUGCUAUGAGCGAAAAAGUCAACGCACUCAAGGUACCGAACCAGGUACUCUCGUACGUCUACAUUGCUUUCAUCAUCUUCUGCUUCUUGCUCUCCAUGGGUAACAGGCCUGCGGGAAGCAAGUUCGGAUAUACGCUCGCCAUGGUGGUCUUCGCGCUUCUGACGCUCUACAUGACAGGUGCUGCUGUCUAUUUGGCGGUUGACUCGAUUACCAACGCGACAGCCACUGGUGGCGGCGGAGCCGAAGCGCUGAUCACCAACGAGAUCUUUGUCAAUAUCGUGAUUUCAUUAGCGGCGACAUUCGGUGUUUGGAUGCUGGCGAGUCUCAUGUUUCUCGAACCUUGGCACAUGUUUACCUCGAUUAUUCAGUAUCUGCUUAUGGCACCGACGUUCGUCAACGUGAUUAGCAUCUAUGCGUUUGCCAACAUCAACGACAUUUCAUGGGGCACCAAGGGAUCGGACAAGGUGAUGACGGAUUUGGGUGUAGUCGGAGGUGCAGGCAACAACCAAGUCGAAGUGGCUAUUCCAACCGAGUCGAAGGAUAUCAACGAUGCUUAUGACGACGCUAUUCAUGUGCUUAGUAACAAGCCGCCAAGAGAAGGUCCUGCGCAGGUGGACAGGGACCAGAAGCAAGCAGACUACUACGCCACUGUGCGAACCAACGUGGUAUUGUGUUGGAGUUUGAGUAACGCCGCGCUUGUUGUCGGCAUUCUCAACAUUAGCUCCAACGGGACACGAGUGACAUACAUGGCUUUCUUGCUGUAUUCGGUGGCUGGCUUGGCAGCGUUCAGGAUGUUGGGUUCGACUGUCUACCUCAUCAAGAGGCUCUUUUCUGGCGAGUAG